CCUUCACGCCAGAAGCGGAGAACAGAAACUCGGAACGAGUAUGUUGCGCUUUCACUAGAGACGGUCGUCGUAGAAGUGUUCCUUUCCUGUGGCGGGGCGCGUGAAGUUGGAUCGUGGGUCUCUGAGACCCGAAAGUUGACCUCAUCUAAGUGCUCGGAGGACUGCCCCUGGCAGCCCAGCGGCCGUAACCAUGCCACAAAACGAGUAUAUUGAGUUACACCGUAAGCGCUAUGGAUAUCGUUUGGAUUACCAUGAAAGAAAGAGAAAAAAGGAAGGUCGAGAGGCUCAUGAACGUUCAAAGAAGGCAAAAAAGAUGAUUGGUCUGAAGGCUAAGCUCUACCAUAAACAGCGCCAUGCUGAGAAAAUACAAAUGAAGAAGACUAUCAAGAUGCAUGAAAAGAGAAACACCAAACAAAAGAAUGAUGAAAAGACUCCACAAGGAGCAGUACCUGCCUAUCUACUGGACAGAGAGGGACAGUCCCGAGCUAAAGUACUUUCCAACAUGAUUAAACAAAAACGAAAAGAGAAAGCGGGGAAAUGGGAAGUCCCUCUGCCUAAAGUUCGUGCCCAGGGAGAAGCAGAGGUAUUAAAAGUUAUUCGAACAGGAAAGAGAAAGAAAAAAGCAUGGAAGAGGAUGGUUACUAAAGUGUGCUUUGUUGGAGAUGGCUUUACUCGAAAACCACCUAAAUAUGAAAGAUUCAUUAGGCCAAUGGGUUUACGUUUCAAGAAGGCCCAUGUAACACAUCCUGAACUGAAAGCCACCUUUUGCCUGCCAAUACUUGGUGUAAAGAAGAAUCCCUCAUCCCCACUUUAUACAACUUUGGGUGUUAUUACCAAAGGUACUGUCAUCGAGGUGAACGUAAGCGAGUUGGGCCUUGUGACCCAAGGAGGCAAGGUUAUUUGGGGAAAAUAUGCCCAGGUUACCAACAAUCCUGAAAAUGAUGGAUGUAUAAAUGCAGUCUUACUGGUGUAACAGCAGUUUCAUACAAGUAACCCCUGUAAUUAUUGGAAGACUAUGCAUCAGUCAGGGAAACAGGACUGUGAUGUUUCUGCAUACUUCAAUUAUUACAAUGGCUUACAUGUCUGCAGUCAUCAGGAGAACUAUUUUAUUGUAAAGAACAUUAAAAUGGCCCAGUUUUACAAAUUGG